CGCACGCACGCCGGACUGGCGCUUCCGACGUGCGAGGGCGCUGCCGCUGCCGCCAUGCCUAGGCUGUGGCCGUGGGUGCUGCUUGGGCUCGUCGCCCUCGACGGCGCGCGCGGGAGGAAGAGGUUUCGGCCGCAGACUUACCCCGGAAUUACCAACAAGACCUUUAUCGGUCAGUACGUCGACAUCCACAAUAGGCUUCGCUCCGAAGUGCAGCCCCAGGCCGCCGACAUGCUUCACAUGACAUGGGAUCUAGCUUUAGCUAGAACUGCUAGAGCAUGGGGACAGAAAUGUAUUUUUCAACAUAACUAUUUUAUGAAGGAAAAAGGAGCUGGCCAUCCUGAUCCUAAACUUCAUCCAGUGGGAGAAAAUAUAUGGUUUGGACCUGCCCGCAGAGUGCCAUUUAAUUCUUCUAAUGCCAUCUAUUCAUGGUACUCGGAUAAAGAUUUCUAUGAUUACCAGGACAAUUCGUGUUCACAAGUAUGCAGACAUUAUAAACAGGUUGUUCGGGCUUCUACUUAUAAGGUUGGCUGUGCUGUUGUUUUCUGUCGUAGACUUGAUCGACAUAGAAAUACUGAAUAUUUCGUUUGCAAUUAUGGUCCGACUGACACCUAUCCUUCAAGACCUUACAAAACAGGACAGCCCUGUAGUGCAUGCCCAGAAGGAGACACUUGUCAAGACCAUCUCUGUAGAAAUUCAAGCCGUGACAAAAUAUACAUCAAGCGCUAUUCACGAUGGUAUCCUCCAUGGGAACACAACCUUAUAUGUGAUGACUCCUGUAUUGUACUUGCAGUUUUAAGGCCAUCACUAACACUUCUAGCAUUUGUUACUGUUUACUGUUUACAGAAAUGUUAUCCAGAUUUAAUGCUGCAAACAGAAACUGUAUGAGAUGCAUAUAACACAAAACAUUAUCCUUAAUAUCUAAGACUCAUAUGUACAUGGAUGUUUAUGUUUUUAAAAAUAGAUUUGGUUAAUUACAUUGUUUUAUAU